CAUAACCGAAAAGGCCCGCCCUUUCUCAAUAUCCCAAGUCACCGCGAUGUCCGCUACCGCGACACGACUCCGCCGUCUCGCUGCCUCCACCGCCGCAAUCGCUGCCGUAGCUGGAGGCGGUGUAAUACUCUUCUCCUCUGUAUCGGCUAAUGAACGCGGCGGUGGGCCAGCUUUGGAGGCUAUGAGGCGGAGGAUAAACGAUCCGACCAUCCUCGUCCCGUCGCGCGCGGUACAGGAGUCCGCUCUCAUCGGUUCCAGCUCAGCCAACCCUCUCGACAUCCUCGUUAUUGGGGGCGGCGCCACCGGCUCUGGCGUUGCUCUCGACGCUGCCACUAGAGGCCUCCGCGUCGGCCUCGUUGAGCGAGAGGAUUUUUCAUCGGGCACAUCUUCGCGGUCCACUAAGCUAAUCCACGGAGGGGUCCGGUACUUAGAGAAAGCAGUCUUUAACCUUGACUAUGGUCAACUGAAGCUUGUGUUCCAUGCACUUGAGGAGCGCAAACAGGUUAUUGAUAAUGCACCACACCUAUGCCAUGCUUUGCCAUGUAUGACACCCUGUUUUGAGUGGUUUGAAGUAUUAUACUACUGGGUGGGCUUGAAAAUGUACGAUUUGGUAGCAGGACCACGCCUGUUACAUUUGUCUAGAUAUUAUUCUGAGAAAGAGUCUAUUGAGCUUUUUCCCACUCUUGCAAGAAAGGGUAAAGAUAGAAGGUUAAGGGGCACAGUCGUUUACUAUGAUGGGCAGAUGAAUGAUUCACGCCUUAAUGUUGGACUAGCUUGCACUGCUGCAUUAGCUGGUGCAGCAACACUUAAUCAUGCAGAAGUUGUAUCUUUUCUUAAAGAUGAGGCUUCCGAGCGGAUAAUUGGUGCAAGGAUUCGAAACAAUUUAUCAGGAGUGGCUUUUCUCAAUUCCUCACCCCCUUCUCAAUUCUCUAGUCUUUGAUUUGUCUUCUUUCUUGUUGUUUUGCCAAAUGCAAUAAGUUUGUCUAGAAACAAUGGAAGAACUAUGAGAGUGAAAAAUGCAUUUAAUGGCUUUAGCUAAUGAAUUUUUGAUUAUCUG